CCUUUCUUCCUCUUCAAUACAUGUGGAACGCUAUUUCAAUAUCGAUUAAACUCGGCAUGUUUUAAGUUGACUGACUAGCUCUCGGUUCUAUUAAUAUGGGCAGUUGAAAAGCCCGAUGGACCACAUGCACAGACAACCUUCAAUCGCGGGCAAAUCGCCAACAUCUGUAGCGAACUCCUGCAACUCCCCUGCUAUAAUGCUUCGGCGCUGCAGGGUGUACUGUCAAAAAAAAAAAAAAAGGUGUCAGUAAGUUAUUCGAUGAGACGAAAUAUUAGAGUAUCGAAUUCAGUGCUUCGAUUAAAAACAAAAGUUUUUUUAUUUGUAUUCAAAAUUCCACAUAUUCCAUAUAUUCGCGCAUCCUUUGGCGUAAAAGACCGGUCGCUUCGCUGUGGAACUUCGUGUACAACGCAAUGAGAAAGCAUGUCACCGACGACGUGUUACUGGCGCUUGACGCGUGCCACGCACCUGGCUUUUGAAUGCAAAUUUCCGUUUCUUUAUUUGCAUUCAGAGACAAAAGAAUCACCUACCCUACAGCCAUCAUCAGAAGUUCAGGCGUCGAAGAAGCCAGAAGUGUCUCAAAAGCAAUUGGAGCAAACUACAUCAGAAACCAAGGGCUCGAAAAAGAAAAGGCGCAGUUUUGACACGAGAACGUCAAGAAAGAGUGCUCGCAGCUCAACUACCAUUCCGGAUAAAAGUGAAACAGAAACAAAAACUCCCAAGAAGUCCAGGGAAGGUGCCGAACGCCGUAACGAACCGGAUAUAUCCUCUGAUGCCAAGAAAGGAGAACAAGCUGAAGCGUCGCCUCACGAUGCCAGGAAAGACCCACCGGUGGCUGAAAUGCCGCCUCCUGGAGGCCACACGACUGGUAGUCCUGUGGCCAGUAAAACUGAUGGGAUGAAUGUCUUCAAGAAACGCCUCGUUGCGGUCGGCAUCCUCAUAUGCAUCGGCUGCAUCAUAGCCAUGUCUGUGUUCGUCCAUGCCGUGGGCGGUACAAGGCAGGCCACUAGGAACCUGCCCUGCGUGGGACAGGAGUGCCACGAGGUCGUCGAAUUUACCGAGAGCCUGAUGGAUCACAACGUGAACCCGUGCUCGGACUUCUACCGACACGUGUGCGGUCGAUGGAUCAACAACACGAAGCGCCCAUCCUCCUUCAUGAUCGACGUGGCGAAAAACUUCUCGGAAACACUCCACGAGGUGCUCGUCCGGGCCCACGUCCACGGCGAGAACCACGAGCUGAUGCAGAACGCGGCUAUCUUCUACAAUUCCUGCAUCACGUAUCUCAAGGCAGACGCCGACAUACAGGCCUCCACGGACGAACUAUUCAAGGCUUUGAACAUCUCCAUAUCGAAGUGGCUCACCGAGACCAACCCGAUGCAGUUCUUCCGCGAAGUCCUUCGCCUUUCCUUAGUGAACCGCUUCCACACGCUCUUGGCAUUCAGCGUCAUCGACGACAAAGGGAACAUGAGUUUAAAGGUUCGGAGGUAUUACCCGUUACAUAUUUACGCAACACCGGAUCGUAAAGAAAAUUUCCACGAGUAUAUGAACCGCUUCAUCAAAGUGAUAGGCAAAGACUACGCUAGCGACACCGUCGUCGAAGAGGUUCUCAGCCUGGACAAGAAUCGAAAAAACGUCACAGAGGACGGCGAGCCCGAAAUGAGGCUGUCAGAAAUCGAGUGUCAGAGUUUUCCAGGAAAGACGUGGAUCGAGGUGCUGCAAAAAGAGCUGUCUCUUCCGGAAAAUGUUUCAAUCAUCACGGUGGGGAUCAACACCAUAUGUGGAGAGCUCAGCGACGUUCUGGUAAAUACAAAGUCAGCGGCAAGAGCUCUUUACAUCAUGGCCCUUGUCUCGAGGAGCGUCUUACAACAGGAUUACAUGCUGUCCGAUAACCGCGAUGCCUACGCCGUGAGAAAUGCAUGUUACCAAAUGAUGCGGCUGGCAUUCGAAGACACCUGGCUUCACCUCCUCAGCAGCCUGUUAUCGAUCAACAAGGGGAUCGAAGAAAUCGUCGACGUUUAUGUGACUACCAUAGCGGAAGAAAUUAAAAGCCGAGUGGCUAACUGGACCUGGAUGGCCGAUGAAGACAGGCGGGCGGCGCUCGAAAAAUUGGCCAGGAUUCGCCUUGUGCGCUUCUACGGCGCCAGCAUGACGAAGCAGGCGGUGCAGUGCAGCAGCGGCAGGAAGGUGACCUCUGCGGGGUUUGUGUCGAACGUGGUCAAUCUGUACGUCCGCGACCUCAAGAAUUGUCUCUUCCUGUCGGUGGAUAGAAGCGACGACCUCGGCCUCGAGGAGCUGCUGCUCGGCACCAACCUGAUGGUGCACAGUGCGAAAUUCGCGGUCGUGGUGCCUCCUAUGUUCGCCGUGCCUCCCAUGUUCUAUCGACACGUUGAAGAUGACAAGUUCAUCAACGUCGCCGUGCUCGGAAUUCAACUGGUCCGCAAAGUCCUCUCACUCAUUGUCGACCGAGGUGCACGGACGAAGGGAGGAGCAACGGCUGGCUGGAGCAACAGCACGUUGACCGUCUACUCGGCGUUCCAGGACUGCUACGCCCGCGAGUCAGCCAAGUUGCAUGCAAAACUGAACGACGACCAAUUCGACCAUGCGUUCAGCGUCAUGGAAUCGCUGCGCAUAGCGUACGCGGUCAAGCGCCGGUACGACCGCGACAUAGUCAGCCGGAAGAAGCCCCGCUUGGUCUCUUCGAACUCCAUGCUCUACAAACGGGCCUGCCUGACGCUGUGCACGGCACAAGGCGCGCCGCGCGACGGAAACACGCUGGACUUUGAGACAGCCUACGCGUCUGGCCUAUUAGCGGCAGCCAAUGCGCCCAUGUUCAUCGACAUCUUCGGCUGCCAGGCGGGAGACACCAUGGCGGCCAUCAACAGCUGCCACGUGCAUUAGCCCAGUGCAUGUCGAAAAGCCUCUUCAGAGUACUCGUCGAUUUUUGUUAUCAGCAAUGUUUCUGUUGUUUGCAUCACUUCUGAUCAAACUUGGGUUUUUAGCGCGGUCUCAGUUGUAUAUAAAUUUCAGCCCUAUACCCUUUAA